AUGCUUUCAGGGCGAAAUAGUAAGUUGAUUUUUUCCCUAAGAUCCCCACAUAUCUACACUUAUAUAAUAAAAUGUCUUGAUAACUUAGUAUUUAUCACUUGCGUCAUCCAUGGUCUUGGCCUAUAUUUACCUAGAUAUUCUAUGAUGAUUAAUCCCAUCAAAUGUAUUCAUCCAAUUGUUUAUUGGGGUCAGUCGGAAGAAUAUGUAUUUCUUUCUAUUAAAGUAGCCAAUGCAAAUGUUGAUUCGAUUGUUAUCAACCAAGAAGACUUUAUGUUUUCUGCAAUGGGCACUGGAGCUGAUGGUGUUAAUAAAUAUGAAUUUUCUAUCUCAUAUUAUCUCCCUAUAAUCCCUGAAGAAAGUCGAUAUGUCGUUACAAGUUUAUCUGUUAAUGUUAAAUUACGAAAAGAACUUAAAGAUUCAUGGUCAAGGUUAACGUUAGGAAAUCAGCGUCUACCUUGGGUUCGUCCUGAUUUCGAUCGUUAUCAGUUUAAUGACUCUGAUUUGGAAAAUAAUGAAGAAGAAUGUCUCAAUGUUAACGUUGUACAUCCAUCAAAAGAGGAGAGAGAUAAGCAUAAUGCAGAACAAAUGAUGCUUAUUGAUGCAGAAGAAUGGGAGGCAUUUUUGAAUCUGAUUAAAAAUCCUUUGACAAUUUAUUUAUUCCUCUUUAAUGUCGUUCAAUUCGCCGGUUAUCUUUAUGUUUGUGGAGCUUUGGUCUAUGGAUUAAUGCAGUAUAAAGAAGUGCAUAAAAUACCAUUUUAUGAAUGGAUUAUCGAUAGAUUAGUUUUUGUGCAAAUUUUAUCAAUUUUGGAACCGUUGCAUGCUUCAUUAGGUUGGAUUCGUGGUGGGAGUGCCUUACCUUCAGUUUUUCAGUUGUUUGGUCGUUCCCUUGUUUUGUUUUGUAUUGUAUUGCCACAUGCUGAAUUCCAUUCUGCGUCUACAACUUAUUGGCUUUUCUUUUCAUGGAGUCUCAUCGAAGUUGUUAGAUAUUCAUAUUACAUUUUAUCAUUAUUAAGUUUUCGAAAUGGACUUAUCACUUAUUUACGUCAUACAUUUUGGAUAAUAUUAUAUCCUAUUGGAUUUAUAUGUGAAGGUAAAUUAAUAAUUCGAUCACUGCCUUCAUUGGUUGAGUCUCGAAAAUUCUGUUUAGAACUACCGAAUCCAGCUAAUGUUAGCUUUGAUUUUACAACUUUUCUGCAAAUCUAUAUAUUUUCUAUGUCUUUUGGUUUAUACUAUAAUAUGAGACAUUUAUAUUUGAGGCGGCGUAAAAUAAUUGGUCCUCGACCAAUUAAAGGAGCAGAUCAAAUGGGUUAUUUUUCUUUUGUACCAUUCUUGCGUUCAUUAGUUCGUGGAUCAAAUAUGAAAAAUCUCUCUACUACCACCAGUACUAUUAAAAAGAAGUAUGUAGGUAAUCGCAACAGUUUACCGAAAUUAAACUAA